AUUACACAGUAAAUGGCAUUUUUUUUACAUAUUCUAGCGAAACCAAAUCGAAAUAUCUGUGUUACAGAGAAACUUGACAACGUCCUCAAACAGGAUUUUCCUUUAGAAUUUGUUAAUGAAACUGAGGAAAGUUAUAUGGUCACUAUAAACAAUAUAAGCAAAACUGUAAUACGAAAAGUAUCUAAAGGUCAAUCUGGCAAAGAUAGUUUAGAAGAUAACAUUUGCACCAAGGAAAAACCGAAUAACUAUGAAUCGAAAGUGCCUUAUGAUUCUAAACCCUGUUGUUCUUCAGUUGAAUCUGAAACUACUAUUGGAGGUGUUAUGGAUUCUGGAAAUUCAGAAAACAAUACGGGACGAAGCAAGCCCUUGGAAGCCGUGUUCACAGAAUCCAGCGAUGCUGGUGUGCAAACGAUAAAAGUAACUGUUGAUUUUGAAAAGCCAAAAACCACUUCGAAUGUUUCAGUUGAUAAAACUAAAAGCGGAAAGUCAACACCGCAACGGAAACUUCGUUCUCCCUGCAAAGAAAUGCCCAAGUUGAAGAUUCAAAGUUGUACUCCAGCAAGAGACGAACCGACCCGAUCAUGUAUUUCUCCUAGAGCUGUUCCAAUAUUUACUCCGAUCAUAUUUGACAUAAGUGAAACAAUAUGCCAAGAAUGUGCAAAUGCAAAUAUGGAUGAUUUUAUAAUGAAUAAUGGACCUCAAACUGAUGACUGUUGUAUGAGAUGUGGUAAGCCAACUCAGUCCUUACCCGAAAAUACCUUCGUAAUCAAACAAGAAGAUGCAACUUGGAAUAGCUUUGGAGAAACGCCAUUGAAGAAUGCAAUUGAAAGUGAGCACUUGCUUGAUGAAAUAGAAAAGAAAGAAUCAACAGAACUUGCUGCCCCCACAGAAAAUAACGCAGAUUCCGAAAAAAUUGAUCGUGGGCUCAUUACGGAAACUACUAUUACGCUGGAAGAGUUAGUUGACGACGGUUUGAUACAAACAAAGAUGUGUAGCAUUUUUACAGAAACAUCUGAUGACCUGACAGAAAUAUCUAACGAAGUUCCUGAACAAAAUCAAACACUUUCUUUUGAUGAAGAAACCAUCGAUAAAGUUGAAAAAAUUGAAAGCGAUGUUUCUUUUAAAGUUGAAAUGGAAAUAGACCAAUUAGCAGAUAUAAUUGUGAGCCAUAUACUGGACGAGGCUGCGGAGGAAAUUUCUGAAAAAGAAUUGACUGAUACCCUUGACAUGCAAAAAUCAUUUAAUGAAGUUCCUGAACAAAAUCAAACAAUUUUUUUUGAUGAAGAAACCAUCGAUGAAGUUGAAAAAAUUGAAAGCGAUGUUUCUUUCAAAGUUGAAAUGAAAAUAGAGGAAUUAGCAGAUAUAAUUGUGACCCAUAUACUGACCGAGGCUGCGGAGGAAAUUGAGGAAGAAUUGAUUAUUACCCUUGACACGCGAACAAUCGGAGGCAAUAACCAAGAAUCAGACAAUCCGAUGGUACCCGAAAAGUCCACUGAGAAUAACGGUAAGAGUGCUACGCUAGGUGUACUAUUAUCAAGAGAUAGUGACGGUCUAGUUGAGCCAAAGGCGUUAAGUGAACAAAAAAAUCCUGGAUCUAUAAUAUUUUAUGAAUUGAAAGAUGGAAAUCUUGUGUUCCCGCAAAGCCUCCGCGAAAGCUCGGUGCAAGGGUCGAACAAAACUCAAAAUAAAGAAAACGAAGACAAAACCAGAAGAUGAUAACUGGUUAAUUCUUUGAGCAGAUAUGAGCUGGUUGCUGUCAGAAUGCAUCGAUAUUUGUGGUUUGCGACAAUAUUCGUAACUUUAAUUUGUGGGCAGCAGUUUAUAGGUGAAGAAUAUUGUCAAGUUGUUA